GCCCAAAACACUUCUCGGGAUACUUGCGAACCCGAUCGGAGAGGCGCCGAGUGGAAUGUCGGCCAACAACCAACCCCGCACAAGGAUGGACUGACUAAUUUGAUCUGCACGCUGAAGGGAACUGAGUUGCUUCGUUUUAAAAUUCAGCGAAAUUAUGACCAUGACAUCAAAAUACGCAUCAUAUCCUAGCCUUCUUGACCGCGUUGUGGUCAUCACUGGCGGUGCAACUGGGAUCGGCGGUUCGCUUGUGGAACAUUUUGCACUGCAGGGCAGCGAAGUGAUAUUCUUCGAUAUCCAAACAGAUGCAGCCCACCUUCUGAUCGAAAGCCUAAAGCAAAAAAGCAAAACAAAUACAAAAAUCCUUCAUAUCCCUCAAUUCAUCCACUGUGACGUUACCGAUAUCAACAACUCGCUAAAACCUGCCUGUGAAAAGAUCCUCCGAAGCAAGACUGUGGUUCACGCAGUGAUAAACAAUGCAGCCAGGGAUAUGCGACAGGAAACAUCAUCUAUUACAGUUGACGACUGGGAUAAUAGUUUGAAUGUUAAUUUACGCCACCACUUCUUUUUGACGCAAUUCCUGACCCAAGCAUUGAUUGACAGUGGCUCAGGCUCGAUCAUCAAUAUGGGCAGCAUCACCUGGGCAGUCCCAGCAACAGGACUUGCACCGUAUGUAGUUAGCAAAGCUGCGAUUGUUGGGUUGACAAGGACGCUGGCGCAUGAGCUUGGGUCUAAAGGCGUACGAGUUAACAGCAUUUUGCCAGGAGCAAUUGCUACCGAGAGACAAAAGAAAGAGGUUCUAACUGACGAGUAUCAAGAAUGGGUGCUGAGUCGGCAGGCGUUGAAGAGGCUUCUGCAGCCGGGUGAUGUUGCCCGCAUGGCAUUGUGGCUUGUUGCAGAUGAUAGCGAGGGUGUUACAAACCAGGGAUUGGUUGUCGAUGGAGGGUGGGUUUGAGACAAAAUUUAGAGACCCAAGUGUCGUUCAAUCUACAUAGCUCGAAUUUCUGAGCGGACUUCUCCCUUUCUGAAAAUCGAUGUCGGAAGAUCUGAAAAUGUCCCGUAACAUUCUAAAUUGUUGUAAAUACUACUAUUUGCUUGAAACUAUUUGGAAUUGCAAG